AUGACGACGCCUCGUCGCUCCUCUCGUGCUCGAACUUCCCAACCCUCGCCAGCAAUUCUUCAGCAUACAAACUCUUCAAGUUCUUCCAACUCGAUGACUCGAGAAAGAAGCACGAGGUCAAACCACAAGAAUCCCUCCCCUCACGGAUCCUCCACCCAACGAUCCCAGUCCAUUGACGAUGUGGAUAAAAGCGAUUUCCGCGAGACGCGGCAACGUCAACGCGCCCGAGGGGAUGAGGACAACGACCUCAAAAUUGCAAAUGGGGAGGAUGCUGAUGUGGAAGAAGACGAAGAAGAAGAAGAAGAAGAAGAAGAAGAGGUCACUCGCUGUCUUUGCGGACAACAGGAAUACCCGGGCCUACCCCCCUCUCGCCGCGAGGCCCUCGGUCGCAAUGGUGCGCGAGGUGCCAUCAAGGAUGAGAAUUCCUUAAAUUUAUCUGCAGAUCCGUCGGACCUGAUGUCAGACGAUAUGGGCAGCAUGUUCAUCCAAUGUGAUUCCUGCAAGGUCUGGCAGCAUGGCGGCUGCGUCGGGAUUAUGGAUGAAGCCAUGAGCCCCGACGAAUAUUACUGCGAAGAGUGCCGAAAGGACUUGCACAGAAUUAAAAAUGAGCCAAAUGGGCAGUUCUCAUCUACGUACCUCCCCGUCGCCCCUCCUCCUUCCUCAGCAGCCACUUCCCGAGCCUCCUCGCGAGAUAAUUCAAAGCGCACGAAGGACCAAAGACCGCGACAGAACGAUCCGAAUGCCAACCCUAAGCGUCGGUCUACCAUGAACAGUCGGGACGCAGCCUACGAUGAGGAAGAACAGCUGCGACGCGCGAUCGAGGAAAGCAAGGAAGAUAACAAGACUAGCCCCGUCGACGAUCCCGCAGCCCAGCGCCCUAAGAGAAGCCGAAGUGACAGUGAAGCACACAGACAAGCCGCAAAGCGACCACGUACAAGCUCACCAUCGCCCGAGAUCAACUCAAAGCAAAGCAAUCCGGCCUCCCCCCCGGCGUCGGAUGACGAAUCGAAAGCAAAAGCAAUCACCAACGGUACUAGGAGACAGAGGGCUGCCUCCCGUGGACAGCGCGACAAGGAUGUAAAGGAUCCGGAGGACCCUGAAUCAGAACAGACCGAUACUACAAACCGGAGGAAAGGAAGAAGUGACAAACGGAAGGGCGAUGGAGUCGAUUCAGAUCACGAGAUGGAGUCCCCGACAAAGCCUGCGGCGAACGAACCGGAGCCUCCACAACCAAGCCCUGAGACCUCCGUCGCUGCUCCAGAACCUGCACCGCCCCGUCCGUCCACACGCAAAUCCGGACGGCCACCUGCGCGUCGGGGUGGCCGAGUGGGACGGAAUCAAUACACCCGCGAUCGUGAUGUCAAUGGAACAGAUUCGAACGCGGGUAACUCCCCGCGACGAGGGCAAUCACUUGAUACAGGUGGAGACUCACCCAGAGUCGGCUCUGCCGGAACUCCUGUAAAUGGCACGGAUACUGGGAGGCCGAGCCGACCUCGUUACGUGAAUCAACGGACGACGAUGAACGAGAUGAAGAGACGUGUAGCAGCCAUUCUUGAGUUCAUCUCGCGGAUGCAGGUCGAAAUGGCCGUUGCGGGAGAGAGUACAACUCCUCCGGGGAAUGGCGAACGACCAAAUGGAACUACCCCAAGGGGUGCAGGAGAGCAAUCCGAGGGCGAGCCCUCCAACACGGUCACAGCAGGGUCUGGGCAGCUUCCCAGUGAUAUCAUCUCUUUGCCCGUCCAACUAUUACCGACAGAGAAAGACUUCAAGGACCUGAGCAGUGUUGAAAUGAUGGACGUGCUUACUCGCCAUCUCCUCAAGUGGCAGCAAGAAUAUGGCAAGUUCGGGGAACGGUGA